UUUGAACAGAAAGUAUAGCAGAAGUAGCACCAUCAGAGGAGUGAGGACCACUAAAACCCACCAAGAAUAGUAAGCACGACAGUAUGAUCACAGGCCAACAGCCAUACCAAAUGUAUCAACGGCCAAAAUAGCGGGUCCCAACAUUUUUUACAAGAGAAGUUUCGGAUCCCAACUCUCUGAAAAGCGAUUAGCAGGAGCACCUCCCAACUGCCCAAAAGCAACUCUAGCAGUUAAAAUAGCUGCAACGGAUACCAACUACCGAAGAGAAUGCCAAAGUUUAUGAUUGGCAGACAAAUCUGUCGGCAGACAGAAUUUACAACAGCACCAGCAUGACAGCAAUAUAAAAAGACAAUAUGAUAAUCAUGAAAAAUCCUGAAUAUAGUAAGCAAUAAAAAAUCAUAAAAUAAAGGCUGAGAAAUCCCAUCUGGAAUAAUGAUGAGCGUGCAGAAAAACAUUAAAAAGGAAGCAGUAAGGGAGAGGAAAGAGGACUGCAAUUCUAGUCGUCCAAUCCGUAUACGUGUUAAAAAAAAAGCCCUCUGAUUAUUCUCUUGUCCGGACACCCACAUCCCUAUAUCUUGUCUGACCCUCCCGGCCAAUACCCACUUCUUCAAAUCUUAUGUCCUCCAAUACCCAUGUGAUAUUCCACACAUUUUCUGUACUGAUAAUUUUCCUCUUUUCCAAUGCCCAUAUCUUGCCUGUUGUGUAAAAGGUCCUUAAUGCCAAUGCUAAUGAAUUUGUAACAGUAGAAGUGAUUGACAGAAGCGACUGAGAAAUUAGUUAAACGAUAGAUGGAGCCUUCCCGGAGGCUAUAGCAGCAAGGCCUGUCUUUAUAUAGGACCGAGAAACUGAGGGAGAAUCAUUAAUUUGUGAGUUAGAAUCAUCUUCGCCAUAGAACUUAGGAAGCUCAGGCAAUGGUAAGGCUUGCUUAGUGCAGGACCAGAAGGCACCUCAUAUUUUCCAAUAUCAAAUCCCUAGACCAUGUGUAUUUAUUGUUGUAAGAACACCCGCUUUAGUAGAUCCUUGUUUUGCCUGCGUUCAACGCCCACAUCAUCAAAUGCUUUUCGUAAUUAAAUUUUGGCCCAUGUUAUAUUGCCCCUUUUCCUCACACCCAAAUCUUUAGAUCAUUUGUUUUCAUUGUUUUAAGGACACACACAUUUCUGAAUCCUCCUUGGCUGGUGCUUCGUGUAGCAUCCUCAUCACCAAAUGCUCUCUUACUGUAAAUUUGGCCUCUUGCAAAUUACCUUGUUUACAAAUACGGGUGCACCCAGGCCAUUUAUAUAUAUUGCUUGAAGGACACUCACAUUUCUGAAUCCUCCCUGCUGUUGUGUUUUCUGCAGCACCCAUAUCUUGGAGAGCUCUCAUUUUGUCCGUUUUGCCCUUGACAAAUGCCUUGUUUUCUUCAUUAAAUGGAUCUUUAGUUCAUCAUUGCAGGAGAGGAUGCAUUUUCUAAAGGCCAGUAGACGGGAAGAAAUCUAUUAACUUCGGCAGGAUUUUCAUCUGCAACAGUUAGGCAACUUAUUUUGUUUUAUCUCAUCAGAAGAAAAGUAUACAUGAUACUGAGGGUCGAAGGGGUGAUCCAGGGCUGCAUGGGGUUUGUGAUGCUGACUGCUGCAAGCUUUUUCAAAGACUUUAGUGGCAAUGGGAGCCAAAGUGCAAUGCAAUAACUCUUUGCAAUUUUUUGAUUCCAACAAGGAUGUAUGGGAAGAUGUCAAAACAAAAAAAAACUUCGGAGAUGCUUGGCCAGACUACGGCACAGGGAUGAUGUUGAGAACAAAUCAGUCUUGCAGCAUUUUUAAGCAAGAUACAAUGGAAAAAUGUUCAGAAUAUGAUAAGGAAAGUCUGAAGCAAACUAUGCUUAAACAUGAAAAAAUAUUCAGAUCACAGGUCCGCGAGCUCCAUCGUCUAUAUGAAGUCCAAAAGAGCCUCAUGGAUGAUCUUAGAAGGAAAGAUUUCUCCUCAUCAGCUUUUUCACCAACAAGGAGAUCAGGAGAGCUUCUGUUUCAUUUUGGGCCAGAACAGCAGACAUCAAAAGAUAAACGGAAUCUUUGGGAUUUUCUUGAUGGGUCUGUGAGAGAAAAAGACAACAGAGGUCGUAGCCAUCCUACUUUGGGCACAGACAACAUGCAAACUCCUGGGUCUGGUCUAGUUGAUCAUAAUACUCUGAUUGUGUUGAACUCAAAGGAAAACAAUGGUGGAUUUAAAGACUUUAACAGGUUACAGCCUAUCAGAGCCACACCUCGACGUUUUGAUCUUGAACAGCCAGCUGAUGAAUAUGUAGAUGAUGAAGCUGUGGAUGAGCUUCGAGAGGAUCCACUUUUAAAAAGGGAAAUCCAUGGUAAUGGAAAGGAGUCAAACUUCUUCAAGUUUCAGUCUGAUGUAGAGCCUGAAAGUGACUUGCAGCUUACUCUUAGUACUGGGUGGGAGAAAAGCAAAAAGAAAGAUGACAGGCCGAAUGGAACACUUUUAGAUAUGGGUUUCCAUAACAAAGAAAGAGAAGAAGCAAAGGAAGCCAAACAUUCGAGAUUUAAUGAGGAUUCAACACUUUUUUCUGCAGCUUCUAGUAGGGCUGAUGCUCAUGUUCAAGAAGAUCUUGAAAAAAAGAGGUCUGUUCUGCCAAGUCAAAGAUAUUUUGGAGCACCAUGGGGAUUAGGUCAGGACUAUCAGAGACAUGAAGAUCACAGAGCUGAGUGGAAAAAGUUUUCGAUUGAGCCUGAGAAGAGAAAGGAGAACAGCCAAUCCCUUGAUAUAGAAGCGGGUGAGAGGUCCACACAAGAAAAUCCAAAAGAACCACAUUGGAUUUUUCAGGUUUUGAGCCUAAACAGGAUUUGAUGUGUUCUUUUUAAAUGGCCAGGGUUCAUCAACAGCAAUACUCUAAAACAAAGAUUAAUUUGGCAGAAGCCAUUAGCUACAUAUCAGGCAAGCCAACCUGACAUUGAUGGUGUUGAUAGAAUGCUUCUGGGAAAAAAUAAUAUCCAGCC